GGACUUAUGGUAAUUUAUCAUUUUAGAAAAAUCUAAAGAUAAUUUCUAGCGGUUCCAACCCGCGGGCUAUCUAUCGAAGGACCUUCAAACACGGCAAUGUCUCAAAGCGUAAAGUCUAUAACGCCGUAGCUGGCCGUAGCCCGUAGGACAUCUUCAGACAGAAAAGUGCUGAGUAAUAAGCAACAGAAAAGUCUACCAACAAUUGUCCUUGAAAAUGUCGCUGUACACAUCGGACAAUCCCGUCUUUGCCUCUUUCAGCUUCUAUGCUGCUUUGCUGGGAGCAAAGACACUAUUGAUGGCCCUCCUUACUGCCCGUCAGAGACUCAGUAAGAUGGCAUUUGCUAACCCAGAGGACGCCAAGAUGAACAAGGGGGGUAAAAUCAAAACUGAUGAUGACGUCGAACGAGUACGACGAGCUCAUUUGAAUGACUUGGAGAAUAUCCUGCCAUUCCUCACCAUUGCAUUCGUCUACGUUGGAACUGGCCCGUCUUUGGGUUGUGCCAAAUUUUUAUUCCGUUUAUUCACUGCUGCCAGGUUCAUGCACACUUUGGUCUAUGCGGUCUUUGUCAUCCCACAACCCGCUAGAGCUUUAGCUUUUUUCGGUGGCAUGAUGGCCAAUUUGUACAUGAUCUACGCCAUUGUCACCACUUAUGCUUCGGCAUUUUAAGGAGAUUUUCAAUCGCUGCUCUACUAUUGUGUGAUUGGUGUAGAAACUAUACUGCCACUUAAUGCAAUACAAAUACGAGACUUGUUUUCUCCGAUUUCAAA